AUGCAGGCCAGAACAGACAACAGGUUUAUAAUUUUGAUCUUGGGUGUUAUUUCUCCAAUGUCUGCUACUCCGGAUAUACCAUACACAUUACAGAUUACAAACAUUGUGACGUACCACGUGCGUCUUUGCUACGGUAUUAUCAAUAAUCUUGUUGAUUUUUGGGUGAAAAAAACAAUACAACAUUACACGAUGUACGCACUUGGAUUUUGGACCACGUCGUCCACACCAAUGCCUAAAUAA